GCCGUGUCUGCUGACUCGUCGUCGUCCUCGAUCUGCCUCAACCUGGUUUUGCCACACGGACGACGCAUCGAUUUGCAGACACUGUUGUUUUUCCGACGUUCGCGUGUGUUUGCUUUGGCUGGAAAGCCCGGACCUGAUCCCUUGUAUAAUCUGCAGACAGCGUAAGAACACGUCCAGCCUGCAAGGAAGGUUGUUCAAAGAAUGUGUGAGCGUGCCGUGAAGUAGCUGCGUGGAUUCGAUGUCUCCCCCGGUUUGAAGUGGAAUCUACAGCAUGCCAGAGAGGGAUGGCUUAAAAUAUCAUGAUGCGGUGAAUGAGAUUUCGGAUAAGUUCUUUAGCUCGUACAGACGAUAACUCGAACGUUUCAGUGCGUGGAAUUUCCCUUGACAGAAGUUUAUUUUGCUGUUGGUAAAGAUGCCGGAUUUGGACGAGUCCCACCACUAUCGUGAUGUCGACACUCAGCUAUUAGAGUGCAGUGGUCUCCCAGGCUGGGCAUCGUGCUCCUGCGGCACUGGUAUCAAGUCGGAAUUUUACGGAAGAUGUUUGAACUGCCAAGAUGCUUACAUAGACGAGAAAUGUGGAGUGAAACCAGUCGUUUGGAGAUCGACAGACUACACCCCAGCUGCGUUACCCGCAGCGGUUAAUGUUCUGGCUGAGGUCGAUGGUGCUGCCAGUCCACUUGCUCAGCAAUGUAAGAGAGUUACCAGACCGCGCUCCAAGUCUCCGCGAAUAGCGUCUUCCUCGUCAUUCGCGCCUCCUACGAAACCACGGGGUAGGCCUCCGAAUGGCUCUAGAACAAGACAGCAAUCAUUCAAGGGCGUUCGGCAGCGCGCAGGAGUCCGCGGGUUCCUUGUUGAGAUCAGGCCUCCGAAAUGGAAACGCACCAUUUGGUUAGGGACCUACGGCACUGAUGCUGAAGCGGCCGCAGCAUAUGAUGCGGGGGUUUUUUACACCAAGAAAAAGACCCAGUACAAUUUCCCCCACCUCAAAGCAACAUUCCCUCACUUGCCUGCUAACCUGAGGCUCGAUCAUCCGGACGACUCCGAAAAGAUCAAGAAUUUCGUGCAGGUCCAAGCGAAGGAGGCUGCUCAAAACAUCAGGAACCUUGCAUCCAACGUCAAUGGUGAUGCACCCGCCGCGGUCCCGGCCCAAACUGCUGCUACACUCAGCACUGUAGCAGUUCCCAAAAUUGCUGCUGCUGCUGCAACUGUUGCUACACCCAUCACCGAAUCUGCUCUCAAGGUUGAGGACCUCGCAUGCGUCGAUUGCGAAGCACCCGCUUUCGCCUCGACCUCAACUGCUUCUUCACCCAGCACCGACUCUUCAGUGCAUAUCAGUCCCGAGUGGGAGGGGAGUAUGGACCUGGAUUCAUUACCAUUUAUCGAAAUGGGGAUGAACCCAUUUAUCGAUUUGGACGCGUUGUUGCCGGAGCCGGAAGGUGUGUUUUACUCCCUCUUCCAAAGCCCUUACCGCUUGGAGGAAGCAGUUGUUUGGCGUUGACAGGCUACAGUCACCGCAUUCGGAACCCUGCGCACGACAGAAACAGGACGAUGGGUCGAAUUCUCUAACAGGAACAUUCUCGAUAAUUCGAUUCAUCGGCCUGUUGUGAUGUGAAUACACUUGAUUUUGAUAUUACCAGACCCCUUGCGUAUUUCAUUUAGGCACGCCGUGUGUGAGCUAUGUAGUCGAGAUCGAGUUAGUUAAGAGCGACCCAGGCCUUAAUCUUUUCAUCGUACUCAAAGUAUCUACGAUGUUAAGGUAAUUGGAGUCUUUGUGCAUAAUGGUUGUAUUCUAGAUGUUGAGCCUGAGCGACUACGAUGGUGUUUCAGUUACAUGACCCACUUGAACAUCACUACCUGUUCGUCCAAGGAGAUUUUCUUCAUUGAUCACAUGUAACUGGCUAACUUUGGUAGUUGGCCAAGUUCUUUUCAAUCUCCAAGCUACUGUUUUCUGGUUUUUUGUCGGAUCA